AUGAGCGACUUCGUGAAGGUCGACCUGGUACACAACCUGUACAAGAACAAAAAAUGGAAAGAAAUAAAACUGAACAAAUUCGAAAGCAUAGAAAAUGUGAAGAAGAAAAUAUACACACACACGGGCACCCUCCACAACAACAUGGAACUCUAUGCAUAUGACGAGCUAAACAUAGACAACAGUCAAGUCCACCUGCGUAACGAUCACUUAUGCCUUAACGAUUACCAUGUGAAGGAUAACUACACCAUCUACAUACAAGAUAAAGACAAUGCCGCCCCCAACGACAUCAUUUAUCACAUAGAUGAUGCUGAGAAACUAAACCAACUGAAACACUUCAAAUACGAAAUGAAGGAAGAGGACUAUGACAAGCGGCAGGACACGUUUCGAAAUUUUAUAAAAAAGUUGAGGGCGCGUGGGGGAGGGGCUUCCCAAGGGGAGGCUCCAAAUGGGGAGAUCCACCUCAAUGGGGAAAGCCACCACAACGGGGAGAUCCACCCAAAUGGGGAAGACCCCCUGCACAACCCCCCCUACGAUGAACAAACCUACCAAAUUGGAAACAGGUGCAGAAUAAAAAUAGGAGACCGCAGAGGCGUUUUAAAAUUUGUAGGAAAAUUAAAAAAGGGAAACGAAAUUUUUGUUGGCGUCGAUUUAGACGAACCUUUGGGGAACUCCGACGGCACAUACCAAAAGAAGUUCUUGUUCGAAUGUAAGGGAACCAAAUAUGGGUAUCUUGGAAAUAUUAACUCUAUCGAGGUGGGAGACUUUCCCCCUUUCGACAUCAUGGAUUUAGACGAAUUUUAA